AUGCAGGGAGAACAGAAAGUCAAAAGGGCAAGCCCGAGGCCGAGGCCGAACCCGCCAGUGGGAGCGUGCCGGUGCGCGUGUGUCGGCCCCCUUUUUAGGUUGAAAGGCGGCGUCCUGGCCUACAAGAAGGCGCGCAUCUGGGAAGCUCAUCAUGGGAGGCCCCUGAGCGGGAACAGGGCGGGAUCCAUGGGAUGGACACCUCGCGCCGCUGGCGCUAGCCGGCGGCUUGGGAUGAAAGGGCAACGACAGGAGAGAAAGCUCGUGCUCCCGUCGACGGCCGUGGUGUUUAGGAUGCAUAGUUCAUUUCGUAGUCUGAUCCCGACAUGA